AUGGCUGGUUUCAAUGGAUUCCUCCUCGCCCAAUUGAGGCAGUCGCGGGCCCAAUUAGGCCGCAAGGUCACUUGGACUCCGUCCCGGGCCUACUCGGCACCUGCUAACGGCUCCAUCCCGGCCGCGAAAAAGAAGUAUGUGCCAACCAAGGGCAGCUACCCGCUCGGCUUCCGGGCAUCCGGCACCAUAGUAGGCGUCAAGCCGGGCAACACCACGAAGCCAGACCUAGCCUUGCUCACCUCAGACACCCCCUGCGCUGCCGCCGCGGUCUUCACCAAGAACAAGUUCCAGGCAGCCCCUGUUACCUUCAGCCGGAAGCUGCUCCAGGACCGAAACAACCAGGGCAUCCAGGGCGUCAUCAUCAACUCGGGAUGUGCCAACGCGGUCACCGGGAAAGGCGGGUUGGAAGAUGCGGCCAAGAUGGCCCAGGCGGCCGACAAGAGCAUCGGCCAAAGCGACAGCACCAUCGUCAUGAGCACCGGCGUCAUCGGCCAGCGCCUACCCAUCGAAAAGAUCCUCAACGGGAUCCCCGCCGCGCACACGGCACUCGGCGGGUCCCACGACCACUGGCUGACCCUGGCCAAAGCCAUCUGCACCACCGACACCUUCCCCAAGCUGGUAUCGCGCACCUUCACCCUCCCCUCAUCACCGGGCAUCGAGUACAAAAUCGCCGGCACAACAAAGGGCGCGGGCAUGAUCCACCCCAACAUGGCCACGCUCCUCGGCGUCAUCGCCACCGACGCCCCCAUUUCCUCCGCCGCCCUACCCGCCGCCCUCAAGCACGCCGUCGACCGCUCCUUCAACAGCAUCACCAUCGACGGCGACACCUCCACCAACGACACCGUCGCGCUACUGGCCAACGGCGCGGCAGGCGGCAAGGAGAUCACCGCGGCCGAGGAGACCAACGCCAAUUAUCUCGCGUUUCGAGACCUGCUCACGGACUUUGCGGCGGAGCUCGCCCAGCUGGUGGUGCGUGACGGCGAAGGGGCGACCAAGUUUGUGACGAUCCGGGUGACGGAGUCGGCGAGCGAGGAGGCCGCGCGGCGGAUUGCGAGUACCAUUGCGCGCUCGCCGCUGGUCAAGACGGCGCUGUAUGGGAAGGACGCCAACUGGGGCCGGAUCCUGUGCGCUACGGGGUACUCGCUCAUCUCGGAGCCCGGGCAGCCGGUUAAUGAGGUGCCGGAGAUUGCGCCUGAGAGAACGAAUGUGUCGUUUAUACCGACCGAUGGCACGGCGGAGUUGAAGCUGUUGGUUAACGGCGAGCCGGAGAAGGUGGAUGAGGCGAGGGCUGCGGAGAUCCUGGAGCUUGAGGAUCUAGAGAUUCUGGUUCGGCUAGGCCAGGGCGAUAAACAAGCCACAUACUGGACUUGUGACUACAGCCACGAGUACAUGGUAGAAAAAUACAGACCCGUUUUUCUCGACGACAUUGUCGGCAACACCGAGACAGUCGAACGGUUGAAAAUCAUCGCGCGCGACGGCAACAUGCCACACGUCAUUAUCUCGGGCAUGCCUGGUAUCGGCAAAACAACAAGUGUCCUGUGUCUGGCGAGGCAACUACUGGGCGAUUCGUACAAGGAGGCAGUACUGGAGCUGAAUGCCAGUGAUGAGAGAGGUAUCGAGGUGGUCCGUCAACGAAUCAAGGGAUUCGCGCAAAAGAAAGUCACACUCCCCCAGGGGCGGCACAAAGUUGUGAUCCUCGACGAGGCCGACAGCAUGACAUCCGGCGCACAACAGGCACUCCGACGCACGAUGGAAAUCUACUCCAACACGACCCGUUUCGCCUUUGCAUGCAACCAGUCCAACAAAAUUAUUGAGCCGCUCCAGUCCCGGUGUGCCAUCCUACGAUACGCAAAGCUCACGGACGCCCAGGUCGUCAAGCGGCUGCUGCAGAUCAUCGAGGCGGAGAAGGUCGAAUACAGCGACGACGGGUUAGCGGCACUGGUAUUCAGCGCCGAGGGCGAUAUGCGUCAGGCCAUCAACAAUCUGCAGUCGACAUCGGCCGGGUUUGGGUUUGUCUCGGGGGACAACGUGUUCAAGGUGGUCGAUUCGCCGCACCCAAUCAAGGUGCAGGCCAUGCUCAAGGCGUGCUACGAGGGCAACGUGGAUGCCGCACUUGACACGCUGCGCGAGCUGUGGGACCUCGGCUACUCCAGCCACGACAUUAUCAGCACCAUGUUCAAGGUCACCAAGACCAUUCCUACGCUGAGCGAGCAUGCCAAGCUCGAGUUUAUUAAGGAGAUUGGCUUCACGCAUAUGAAGAUUCUGGAGGGAGUGCAGACGUUGCUCCAGUUGAGCGGGUGUGUGGCUCGCUUGUGCAAGCUCAACAUGGACCCUAAGAAGUUUGAGCUACCAAAGAAAUGA